UCCAGGCAUUUGACACUGCUGAGAAUUGCUGGGAAUAUGAUUGUUGGGAGAGUCCCCGAAGAAAUAGUUCAGUUGAACCAACUGGUUGUUCUUGACCUUUCUUCUAAUCAACUUUCUGGGGAAAUACCAGUACAACUUGGAAAUUUAACUGAAUUAAGCUACUUAAGCUUAAACGCUAACAAACUUUUCGGUCAAAUACCUUCACAAAUUGGAGCAUUGUCCAAUUUGGGAUAUCUGGAUCUAUCACAGAACAUGCUAAGUGGUCCAAUUCCAAAUCAAAUUGGGAAUUGCAUAAAACUACAGUUCAUGAGUUUGAGCAAGAAUGGCUUGAAUGGUUCAAUCCCAGACCAGAUUGGUUAUCUUGUAGCCUUACAAACUUUGCUUGAUUUGAGUUACAAUUCACUCACUGGAGAGAUAUUGUCUGAGUUUGGAAAGCUUGUAAAUCUUGAAAAUUUGAAUCUCUCCCACAACAAUCUCUCUGGUUCCAUACCCAAUUCUGUAGUUGACAUGGUUAGCUUGUUGUCCAUUAACUUGUCUUACAACGAUCUUGAGGGUCCUCUUCCUAAUACCAAGGCCUUUCAUUCUUCUCUGAAAUAUUUUGCUAUUAACAAAGAUUUAUGUGGUGAAAUCCAAGGAUUGAGGUCAUGUAACACAUCAUCAUCUCCCAAAAAUACUAGCCAUAAAAGUGAACACACUCGUAUGGUCGUAAUUGUCAUCACCUCUUCCAUUUUGUUACUAUUUCUCAUAUUCAUGGUUGUUGGGAUCAUUGCACUUUACCGCAGAGGACACCAAGUGAGUGUGCAAGAAUACCAGUCCCAAUCAAAUAACGAAAACCUCUUUUCAAUUUGGAAUUUUGAUGGGAGAAUUGUGUAUGAGGACAUCAUCAAUGCCACAGAAGAUUUCAAUGAUGAGUAUUGCGUUGGGGUAGGAUGGUCAGCAAGAGUUUUCAAUGCUAAGCUACCAAGCGGCCAAGUUGUUGCGGUGAAAAAGCUGAGCACCACAACCGAAACAAUGGAGAUUGAGGAUUGCAAGAGCUUCACGAAUGAGAUAGUCACGUUAACAGAAAUAAGGCACCGAAACAUUGUGAAACUCUAUGGCUAUUGCUCUCAUGAAAGGCACACAUUUUUGGUUUAUGAGUACAUGAAAAGAGGAAGCUUGGCAAAUGUGUUGAGCAGUGAUAAGGAAGCAAAGGAGUUGGAUUGGUUCAAGAGGGAGGAAGUUAUUUUAAGUGUAGCUCAUGCUUUGUGUUACAUACAUCAUAGUUGCAUGCCUCCAAUAAUUCAUCGUGACAUAUCGAGCAAGAAUGUUUUGUUGAACUUGGAACUUGAGGCUCAUGUCUCGGAUUUUUGCACUGCAAGGUUGUUGAAGCCUAAUUCCUCACAUUGGACCACGGUUGUAGGCACAUAUGGAUAUCUCGCGCCAGAAUUGGCAUACACAAUGGGAGUGAUAGAAAAAUGUGAUGUGUAUAGCUUUGGGGUUUUGGCACUUGAAGUUUUGAUGGGAUCACAUCCAGGAGAACUUAUUUCAAGCCUAAAAUCAUUGGUUGAUUAAAGACUAGAACUUGAAGAUGUGUUAGAUCAUUGUCUUUCGCCUCCUUCUGGUCAAAAAAUUGAAGAUGAACUGAAUUCCAUUGUGAAGCUAGCACUGUGGUGCAUACAUGUUGAUCCACAAUCGCGACCUCCCAUGAAUGCUGCAUCUCAAGUGCUUGAAAAAAAGGUAGGUGAUCACCGGGUGCUAAGCAAGAACAAUCAAGCUUGGCCAAAGUAAAUUUCAAAUUUGAAUAAUUAAAAAUGCGUACUUUUGUAAUAUGUGAUGAUUGUAU